UCCAAUAUUUCCAAACAAGCACAUACAUACAUUGAUCACUAUAACAUAAAAACUGAUUGAGCUGGUGAGGAUGUCAAGAAUGAGAGUGGUCCUCAUGAUCCUCACCCUGGUGGUGGUGACACUUCUCAUCAACACAAAGAGUGUUGAAAGUGCUCGCACUUUCUUUGUGUUCGGGGACUCUCUGGUUGACAGUGGCAACAACAAUUACUUGCCGACCACCGCACGCGCCGACUCUCCUCCCUAUGGCAUCGACUAUCCCACCCGUCGCCCCACCGGCCGCUUCUCCAAUGGCUACAACCUCCCUGACCUUAUCAGCCAGCAUAUUGGGUCUGAACCCACGUUACCAUACUUGAGCCCUGAACUCACCGGACAAAAGCUAUUAGUUGGGGCCAAUUUCGCUUCCGCAGGGAUAGGAAUCCUUAACGACACCGGCAUCCAAUUUGUGGGGAUCUUACGAAUGUUCCAGCAGUAUGCGUUGUUCGAGCAGUACCAGCAACGGUUAAGUGCAGAAGUGGGAGCAACGCAGACACAACGAAUCGUGAAUGGUGCACUGUUCCUGAUGACGCUGGGUGGUAACGACUUCGUUAACAACUAUUUUCUCACUCCUGUCUCUGCCAGGUCUCGCCAAUUCACUGUCCCCCAGUAUUGUCGUUACCUCAUCACCGAGUAUCGUAAAAUUCUCAUGAGGUUGUAUGAGUUGGGUGCUAGAAGGGUUCUUGUGACCGGAACUGGUCCAUUGGGCUGUGUUCCUGCUCAGCUUGCUACAAGGAGUAGUAACGGAGAGUGCGUGCCUGAGUUACAACAAGCUGCACAAAUUUUCAACCCACUUCUGGUCCAAAUGACUAGAGAAAUCAACUCCCAAGUGGGCUCUGACGUUUUUGUUGCUGUCAAUGCCUUCCAAAUGAACAUGAACUUCAUCACCGACCCUCAAAGAUUUGGUUUUGUUACAUCAAAGAUAGCCUGUUGUGGACAAGGUCGUUUCAAUGGGGUGGGACUGUGCACUGCAUUGUCAAACCUAUGCCCAAACCGUGAUACUUAUGCAUUUUGGGACCCUUAUCACCCAUCUCAACGUGCUCUAGGGUUUAUUGUUCGAGACAUCUUUAGUGGAACCUCUGACAUUAUGACCCCUAUGAACCUUAGCACCAUCAUGGCCAUUGACUCCAACAUCUAUUAAGAGGUCUUAAUUUAUUAGUGUGAGCUAGUGAGGGGCAAAAACCUCAUCACCAUUGUAAUUGUAUGUGCCUGGAUGUGUGUCUCAGUAUUAAUUACGUGCGUACCUUUGUUAAGCUUCCUCACGUUAUGUGAUAGCAUAUACUACAUGUAAUGUAUGUGCAGGUGCAACAUCACUACUAGCUAGUGUGUGAGAUAGUUUAGUUAUAAUGGACUGGCUGAGGAUUUCAAUGUAAGUUAAUUUUAAAAUCUAAAAGGAAUUUGCCAAUAAUCUAUGCUUU